AUGUCAAAUAUAGACUAUUUGACUCAUUUACUAUCAAUGUGGUUAUGCUCCUCAUAGAGGGCAGAAUCACAACUGAGGGUUUCCCUGCAGAUUCGUCCUCAGAUGCCAAAGGAAAAGAUUGAAGGAUGCCACAUCUGCACAUCAGUGACACCUGGGGAACCCCAAGUACUCCUUGGAAAGGACAAAGCAUUUACUUAUGACUUUGUCUUUGACCUGGACACUUGGCAGGAACAGAUCUAUACAACUUGUGUAAGCAAGCUGAUUGACGGCUGCUUUGAAGGCUACAAUGCAACUGUGUUGGCAUAUGGCCAGACAGGUGCAGGCAAGACUUAUACCAUGGGUACUGGUUUUGACAUGAACACUUCUGAAGAGGAGCAGGGCAUAAUUCCACGAGCCAUUGCCCAUCUCUUCAAUGGCAUACAAGCACAUAAGCAGGCUGCACAAGACCAAGGGGUCCCCAUCCCAGAGUUCAAAGUCAGCGCACAGUUUUUGGAGCUAUACAAUGAGGAGAUCCUGGAUCUAUUUGAUAGCACAAGAGACCCUGAGAAUCGCCACCGAAAAUCAAAUAUCAAAAUCCAUGAAGAUGCCGGUGGUGGUAUCUAUACCUCAGGUGUUACAUCACGUCUCAUUAGCUCGCAGGAUGAGCUGAUCCAGUGCCUGAAACAGGGAGCUCUCUCCCGAACCACAGCCAGCACCCAGAUGAAUGUCCAAAGUUCCCGCUCGCAUGCUAUCUUUACAAUCUACCUUUGCCAAAUGCGUGUCUGCUCUCCUGUACACUUGGUGAAUGGAGACACAAAUAGUCUUUUGGAUGGAUCUCAGCCUACCAGUGAAUAUGAGACCCGAACAGCCAAAUUCCACUUUGUUGACCUGGCUGGCUCAGAGAGGUUGAAACGAACUGGGGCCACAGGCGAGAGAGCUAAAGAAGGCAUCUCUAUCAAUUGUGGUUUGCUAGCAUUAGGAAACGUCAUCAGUGCCCUUGGGGAUCAGAGCAAGAAAGCGUUGCAUGUGCCCUACCGAGAUUCAAAGUUGACCCGGCUUCUCCAGGAUUCACUUGGUGGAAACAGCCAAACUGUGAUGAUUGCCUGUGUGAGUCCUUCAGAUCGGGAUUUUAUGGAGACCCUGAAUACCCUUAAAUAUGCCAAUCGUGCUCGCAACAUCAAGAACAAAGUGGUGGUGAAUCAGGACAAGACCAGCCAGCAGAUCAGUGCCCUGAGAGCUGAAAUUGCUCGUCUCCAGAUGGAACUUAUGGAAUACAAGGCAGGUAAGCGUGUUAUUGGAGAAGAUGGCUCUGAAGGCUACAGUGACCUAUACCAGGAGAAUGCCAUGUUGCAGAAGGAGAAUGCCACUUUACGUAUGCGGGUGAAAGCCAUGCAGGAGGCCAUUGAUGCAAUCAACAUCCGUGUCACCCAUUUGAUGAGCCAGGAAGCCAACCUGAUUCUUGCCAAGGCAGGUGAUGGUAAUGAGGCUAUUGGUGCUCUGAUCCAGAACUACAUCAGGGAAAUUGAAGAUCUCAGGACAAAACUCUUAGAGAGUGAAGCUAUGAAUGAAUCACUACGCCGCAAUCUGAACCGGGUUUCAACCAGGCUGCCCUACACCCUGGGCUUAUCGCCAGCAAUUGGAUUGGGAGAUUCACGUUCCCCUGCCACCUCGCUGGAAGCUGAAGCCACUGACGUUCUACAGUGGGCCAAGCAAGAUGUUGAGAGGCUGAAGAAGGAGACAAAACAGCGAAGAAAAAGCCCAGAGAAAGAAGGGUUUAAAAAGCGGUUGAGGUUGCAGCAGGGAAACGAGGCAGAUGAGAAUGAUGAGAAUGAGGCAGAAGAGGAGGAAAGGGAUGAAAGUGGCUGUGAGGAAGAAGGUGGCCAGGAUGAAGAAGAUGAAGAAGAUUCAGGGAGUGAAGAAAGUCUGGUGGAUUCUGAAUCAGAUGUCGAAGAAAAGGCAGCAAAUUUCCAAGCUGAUCUUGCUGACCUGACCUAUGAGAUUGAGAUCAAACAGAAAUUAAUUGAUGAACUGGAGAACAGCCAACGGCGCCUACAAACCUUGAAGCACCAAUAUGAGGAAAAGUUGAUUUUGCUACAGAACAAGAUCCGUGACACUCAGCUGGAGAGAGACAGGGUGCUGCAGAAUCUCAGCAGUAUGGAAUGCUAUACAGAAGAGAAGGCUAACAAAAUUAAAGCAGAUUAUGAGAAACGCUUAAGGGAGAUGAAUCGUGAUUUGCAGAAGUUGCAGGCUGCCCAGAAGGAGCACGCUCGCCUUCUCAAGAACCAGUCUCGAUAUGAGCGAGAGCUGAAGAAGCUGCAGGCAGAAGUAGCAGAGAUGAAGAAAGCAAAGGUAGCCUUGAUGAAACAAAUGCGUGAAGAGCAACAAAGACGGAGAAUGGUGGAGACCAAGAGGAACCGGGAGAUUGCCCAGUUGAAGAAAGAGCAACGUAGGCAAGAGUAUCAGAUCCGAACUCUGGAAUCUCAGAAGCGACAGCAGGAGAUCGUCUUGCGCAGGAAAACCCAAGAGGUCUCUGCUUUGCGUCGUCUCGCCAAACCUAUGACUGAUAGGGUUGCUGGGAGGAUUAACCAGAAACAAGCCAUGGGAGAGCCCGGUGCUGAAGUCUCCACCAGCACUACCAGCUCCUUAGAGUCAGAAUCUGGUUCUCGUUCUGUCUCUAGCAUUGUACGCCAGUGGAAUAGAAAAACCAAUGCUUUGCUGGGAGAUUCUCCUUCCUCCUCAAAUGGAACUCGGACAAUCAGGAAAAGAUUCCCAAAGAAAGGUGCAAAUCAGACUUUUAGUAAGGCAGCCCGCCUGAAGUGGCAGUCACUGGAACGCCGUGUCUUUGAUAUUGUCAUGCAAAGAAUGACUGUCAUCAAUCUGGAAUCAGAUAUGGAGCGUCUUAUCAAGAAACGUGAGGAGUUGUCACUGAUGCAGGAAGGACUACUAGGAAAGAGGGGGAAACUACAGGCUGAGAACCCAGAAGAACAGAAGGGAUUGCAGGAAUUGAAUGAGGAGAUUGAAGUGUUGGCUGCCAAUCUUGAUUACAUAAAUGACAGUAUUUCUGACUGCCAGGCCACCAUUAUGCAGAUUGAAGAGACCAAGGAAGAAUUGGAUUCUACAGAUACCUCUGUGGUGAUCAGCUCCUGCUCUUUGGCUGAAGCACGACUUUUACUGGACAAUUUUCUCAAAGCAUCCAUAGACAAGAGUCUGCAGGUAGCCCAGAAGGAAGCUCAGAUCCGCUUACUGGAAGGACGUCUGAGACAAACAGAUGUGACUGGCUCCUCUCAGAACCAUCAUAUUCUGGAUGCCCUACGAGAAAAAGCAGAAUCCCACCCUGAAUUACAGGCACUCAUUCACAAUGUGCAGCAAGAAAAUGGCUAUGCCAGCACUGAUGAGGAAGUCUCAGAAUUCAGUUUGGCUUCAGAGGGAAGCUUUUCCCAGUCUUUCUUCAUGAAAGGUUCUGCAAGUCAGGAUGACUUCAAAUGCAGGGGAGAGCCUAAACUGUCUGCUCAAAUGAAAGCUGUAUCUGCAGAGUGCCUAGGGCCCACAUUGGACAUCUCCACUAAGAACAUCACCAAGUCAUUAGCGUCUCUCAUGGAAAUUAAAGAGGACAGUGUUGGAUUCUCCAUCCAUGAUCCUUAUUAUAAGGAGAAAGUCUCCCGCACCAUCAGCCUGCCUAUCCGAGGGAGCACAUUCCCUCGACAGUCCCGAGUCACAGACACUUCACCCCUUACAAGGAGGAAGUCAUAUGACAGGGGCCAGUCUAUCAGAAAUCCAGAUGUUGGAUUCACUCCUCCCUCAUCCCCUCCCAGCAGACCACGCAAUGACCGCAAUGUCUUCUCUCGGCUCACUAGCAACCAGAGCCAGGGCUCUGCAUUAGACAAGGGGAUCAUUAACCCUGUGGGAGGUUCCAGGAGUGCCCGGACAGCACCACUGCAAUGCAUUUCUGUGGCUGAAGGACACACCAAGCCAGUAUUGUGCUUAGAUGCUACUGAUGAAUUGUUAUUUUCUGGAUCCAAAGAUCGGAGCUGCAAAAUGUGGAACUUAGUGACAGGACAAGAAAUUGCAUCUUUGAAAGGGCAUCCAAAUAAUGUAGUCUCCAUAAAAUACUGCAGUGACUCUGGCCUGGUAUUCACAGUCUCUACCUCUUACAUCAAAGUAUGGGAUAUCCGUGAUUCUGCAAAGUGCAUCCGUACUCUCACCUCCUCAGGCCAGGUGAUCACUGGAGAUGCCUGUGCUGGGGCCACUACCCGGACUAUCACCAGCGUGCAAGGCGAACACCAGAUCAAUCAAAUUGCACUUAAUCCCACAGGCACCAUGCUUUACGCAGCCACUGGCAAUUUUGUCCGCAUUUGGGAGUUGAACAGGUUUCAGCCUAUUGGAAAGCUGACGGGUCACAUUGGCCCUGUGAUGUGUCUCACAGUGAAUAGGACUGCAAGUAAUCAUGACUUAGUCAUCACAGGAUCUAAGGAUCACUAUAUUAAGAUGUUUGAGAUUGCUGAAGGUAUCGGUGGGAACAUUGGACCUUCCCACAACUUUGAGCCUCCACAUUAUGAUGGGAUUGAGUGCCUAGCUAUUCAGGGAGACAUACUCUUCAGCGGUUCCCGUGACAAUGGGAUCAAGAAAUGGGACCUGGAACAACAAGAACUCAUCCAGCAAAUCCCUGCACAUAAAGAUUGGGUUUGUGCUUUGGCCUUUGUGCCCAGCCGGCCCAUGCUGCUGAGUGCCUGCCGUGGGGGGACAGUGAAGGUCUGGAAUGUUGACAACUUCACACCUGUUGGGGACAUCAAGGGACAUGAUAGUCCUAUCAAUGCUAUCUGCACAAAUUCAAAGCACAUUUUCACAGCUUCCAGUGACUGCACAGUGAAGCUCUGGAGUGCGAGGAAGCUACUGAACAGCACAACCUAGAAGUUGAGAAAAGCAAAUAUGAAUUUAAGAAGGCUAAGAUGGAGCUUGGCUAGGAAAUAGUAUUUAAUCUCUGACACCAGGGCUUCAGGAUGAGAUGGGUGCCUGGUUUUCUGACAAGUACAAGGGUUGGGGAGGGCAAAGGAAGUCUCCUUUUCUGUUUACAUGUUCAAGUCUCUUUCCUUGUCAGAUGUCUAUGGUGGCAGCCAUGGUAAAAUAGAGCCAAAAAAGAAGACAAAAUUUGGUGCUGAGGUUCUUUCAAUCAGAAUCCAUCUGAUAAGUUUACAAAAUAGGAUGUUUUUGGGGGGAAAGGAGUCAAAAUAUUUUAUAAAUCAAAAUUAGAUUUUUCAUCCUUGUAUAAUUAAAUGAGGUUUUCCCAUGGUUUCCAGUUGUCCAGGAGCUGCCUAUAUCCUGUUUAUGCCUAUAAGACAUUACAGUGAAAAUAAUUAGAGAGAAAAUCAAGUGUUGUAAGUCCCUUCCUGGAUAGCUGAUUGUUAUGUUUUAGGGGAUAUUCCUUGUUCUAGUUGGUCUUUCAAGAGGAUUUAUGAAGUACUGACUUUUAUUUCUUCCUUUUAUCUGUGAAUUGCUAAUUGUUUUCUUUUUGAAAGGGGGAAGGAUUGGAGGAGAACGCAAGAAAAUGAGCCACUUUAAUAUGAGCACAUAAUGUAGUGUUUCUCAGUGGUCACUAUAGAUUCAGAAUUUCAUUUGCCAAAUACUCUUGAGGAAUUUCCCCAAAUUCCUGGAAUGACAGUAUUAAAAGAAAAAAGACAACAAACAAUUGUAUUAUACAGAGCGAUAUAUUUAGUAACUGAUUUGAUGAACUUUGAUAACUUCAGAAGAGUUGUUGUUUCCUGAAUACCAGUUAUAAAGCUGGGUGAUUUUUUUUCCUAAAUGUUAGAUAAGCAACAAGAAAGGGAGACCUAAACU